UUCUCCGUCGCGCUCGAUUUCGCUCUAUCGCUGGACACGCGUAUGCUGACCUGAAAAAUCAGAAAGAUAUAAUAUAAAAUAACAUAUAUAAUAACACAAACCGUUUGGUCGAGACAGUGACACUCCGCGAUUGGAUUAUAUAUAAACGCACACGGUUAUCUGUCGAUUGCAGCAGUUGCAUCGUCAAUACUCGAGUGGAUACAUAUACGUCAUCGCGCACGUGCGCGCUACCCGAUGAGAUAACGGUACGCGAUAACGCACAAUCGUCAUGGACUACUCGUACCUGAACCAAGCCAACUUUGACGGUCUGACCGGCACCACCGCGGCCGCGUCCAACAUGGACCACGCGGCCAUGGGAUACGGCGACCUGACCACAUGCGGUCAGAUGACGCACGCCGCGUACCGGUUCGGUCCCACAGCGUCCAUGGCCGCUCGGUCGUACAACACGGCUAUGGGUCACCACCUGUCGGCCGCCGCAGCCGCCGCGGCCGUCGCGUCCGGUAACGGCCACAACGGCACCGGCGUCACGUCCGCGGCCGCCGCCGCAGCCGCAGCCGCCGCCCGAGGACACCAUCACGGACAUCACCAGGACCAUCAUCCGGGACGACCGACUAUGUUCUCGACCGCAAUGAACUUGCCAGGUGGGUUAGCGGCUUAUAAAAGUCUUCCAUACACCACUCAUGACAGUAUUCUAACGGAAAAAAGAAAACAAAGGAGAAUACGGACUACUUUUACUUCAGCACAGCUGAAAGAAUUGGAAAGAGCUUUUCAAGAAACACAUUAUCCUGAUAUAUACACCAGGGAAGAGAUCGCCAAACACAUAGAGCUUACCGAGGCUAGAGUUCAGGUGUGGUUUCAAAACCGCCGAGCAAAAUUCCGAAAACAAGAGAGGCUGGCCCAACAAAAAUCAUCGCAAUCCAGCAGCAGUAGCACGGUAGAUGCAACCAGCAUAAAAACCGAGCCGAAACAAUGUGGUCAAUCGAAAGACGGCAAGCCUGGCACACCGUCCACGCCUGGUAGCAUAUCUUCGAACAACGGUUCUACCGACAUGAAAUCAGUUAAUGGAUCAGCGAUAAAAAUGUCUGAGCAGUCGGAAGGGGUGAACAACAACAAAUGGCUGUUGGGCCAAGGCCAGAACUACACGCAGCUCCACCAUCAGCUUCAGCAACAGUGUGGUGGUGGAAGUGGUGGUGGCGGCGGCGGUGGUGGCAGUGGCGGAGGAGGUGGUGGUGGUGGCGGAAAUGGGUCACCAGGAAAUAAUUCACCGGCUCACAAGAUGAAUGGUGGCAGCGGUGGCGGCACGCACAAUCACAAUCACCACCAUCAUCACCACUCACCGACGUCGCAUCACCAGCAGUUCGCCCACCACCCGUUCAGUCUGUUGGGCGCAGCCGGACCGGCAGGUUACCUUCUCGGUUCCGACUCGCUCAAGGUCGCCGGUGGCGGUGCGGGCGGUGGAUCGGCCGGGUCCAAUCACGUCUUGUUCUAAACUACGCGGCAAUGAACUGCUGGAAAACUUGGUUAUAACAAUAUUACACCGAAACAUCAGAAUAUUACUCCGCCACAAUAAUAGGUACCUAUACGUCACGUACGAUUAUUGACUAUCGCAUUUCACCGUUUUGUACAUAAUAAUAUUAUUAUAAAAUAUAUUAUAUAAUAUACGAAAAAAAUUUAUAUAUUUUAAACAGUGUUGUUGAUAGGUAAUAAUAUAAGAAAAAUAUUGUCUUACGCGUUGUGAGGAUAAACCGUAAAGUUUAUUUCGUAACUUUUAAUUUUAUUUAGAUUGUUUUUUUAUUUUAUUUUUAUGUAUAUUUUGAUUUUUCCUCGUCAAAUUAAAUAAUAAUUCAAAUAAUAGAUAUAAAUGGUAUAAUAUGCGAUUCGGUAUAGAUAAUUAUAAAUACCUAUAUAAGAAUAAACAACGGGAAAAGAUGCGAUAUCUAAUUGCAAAUGAAAUCCGUCAAAACUAGUGUGGUUUGAUGUGCAUAAAAAUAUUAUAGUUAUAUAAUUGUAGCCAUCACCACGAAGAAUGACUAUAGGCUGACCGCUGACCGCUGACCCAAGGUGGGUUUUAGAAGGGUGUUUUAUAACUCCCCUCUCAAUUUCAAAUUUCCAGAUUCGUGCCUGUGUAGCUAAAGAGUCAUCUCGCGUUUACUACAGAAAGCGAUUUUCGCCGGAUUAAUCUUUUAAUUCCUUAUUAUCACGCAUAAAUAUGUGUAAUAUUCAAAAAUAAUAACGACCUCGAUAAUAUUACAAUAUAAUAUUGUGCGAUUACAGCACUCACGUAUUUUUACUCCGUAGCCCGAACUGUUUUCGGUUGGUCUUGUGCUGUGCGACAAGGAUUUUACAAUAAGUCUAUCUAUAAAUCUAAUAAUAUGUAUAAUGUAUAAUGUAUUAUAUAAAUACGGGGCGGGUAUAUUGUGGUCCACCCCAAAAUAAUAUAUACCUAAACACGCCCCUCGAAUUUCCUGUUAUAUAUGUGUGUAUAUGUGUGUGUGUAAAUGUGUUUAGAAAAAAUCAAAGCACAUCAAAGUACACUUCGGUGGACGAUAAAAUGCCGCCCGUACAGUGAACUGUUUUGUGGGGUUAAUCGUUUGAGUGUAUGAAUAUAAUAUAUAACUGUGGUAACCACUCGGCUGUCCUUUUCAGUGUCACGUAAAGUGAGGGAGGGAAGGUCAAAAUAAAUAUGACAGUAUCUACCUACGUUUUACAAACAUUAUAAGAAAACUGGUAUCAAAAAAAAAAAAAAAAUUUUUUUUAAUUUCAGAUCGUUGAUAUUAUAAUGGUGACAUUCUGUUGAUAUGAUAUGUUUUACUGUUAGUUUAACACCGUGGACUGUGGAAGUUCCUCUUUGGACAUUAGAAACUUGUAUGUUAUUUUUAUAUAACCUAACUAUUCAGAGAUGAUUAAUUACAUUUUUUUCUUUUCUAUUCGAAUACUAUUAUAGUACACAGAGAAGACGACUAAUAUUAUUUAUUAAAGAUCAAAAUAAAAACACUUGACCACACUUGUCUUGUAAAAAGACUUGUUAUAAGACUUCUAUAGACUAUAGGACAUCAUUGUUGUCUACUACAUUUAUCCACUGCAGUAGUAUAAUAUAGUAGUACUGUAGUAAUAAUGUUGCCAAGACGUAGUAAGAGUGUAGGUAUUCGUAGGAUCGUUGGAUAUUUUUGGAAUUCUUCUUUUUAUUUUUUUUACUCAUCUCUUUAUUAAUACCCAAUAUCAUACGGGUACAACGAACUGCUAUCGUGUCGUCAUAUAAUAAUAAUAAAUAAUAAAUAUUAUUAUUAUUACGUUGUGAUAGGAUUAGCAAACGUCUAAAAAUACAUAUAAAUUAACCAUAUAUAUUACGCGAUAAAGGUGCCCAAACAAAUAGUUUUUGGCGGAACAGCUUCUGCUGUGGGUGACAAUUUUUCAUCAUUCGUCAGCGGUGGUUAUCAGGCUCGGAUUUAGGUAUAAGCAAUAUAAUCUGUUAUCAUUCACAAUAUUUUAUUUUCAUUCUUAAAAAAUAGUCAGAAUUAUAUUGUAUUAUCUUAGGAUAGAUUGUAUACAUACCUAAAACCGUUGUUGUUGUACCAACAAAUGACCCUAAGCCAUUCAAUUGAAAUUGUUUAACUGCAUCAUUCGUACCUACUGUUAUUAUACUAUGGUUUAUUAUGUUAAAAUUUAUUAUAAUAUAUCUAUGUUAGUUAAUACAAUAAAAUUUAAUUUAAUUUUUUUUGUUUUAACUUUUUUUUACAUAUAUGUAUAUUGUAUAUACUCGUAAUAUGUGAAUAAUAUAAUUUUAAUAUUUACCGAGUAAAAUAAUUUUGGGUUUAUAUGUAUUGAUUUAAAAUGUAAAUAGCUUGUACAAUAAAUUUAUAAACACAAAUAAAAUAUUAAAAAAAAAUAAAUAUUUUUAUACAUUUAAUGACACCACAUUAUUCACUAACUAUAGCCUACUAAUAUACAACCUACCUACAAGGCUACCAAAGGCCUUAAUCCGGGCCUGAACUUUUCUUAUUUUAAUAACCAGCAUAAUAUUACCACAGACAUAGGCUUAUCAUAUUAUAACAUAAGAUGUAUGUAACUAUUGCUGAGAAAAACUCCGAGUUAACCACAUGAUCAACCACAAAACGAAAAUCUUUAGGAAAAUAUUAUAUCGUGAGCAGUACUAAAUACACAUAAUAUUACGAGUUUAAAACGCGCAAAAAAUUAAUAACCAGUCAUAAAAUAUUAUUGUAUAAAAUUAUUAGGAUAAAGGAGAUGAAUUACUAAUCAGUAAUUACUAUCCCAUAUAGGUACAAAUUAUUCAACUAAUUUUGUCGAAUCUUCUCAUCAUUACAACCUCUAUUAUCGUAUUGUAACAGUUUGAUAUUUUUAUUUCACAACUUUUUGUAGAUAAAAUAAUUAAUUAUAUAUAGUGAUAUUAUAUUAUUAUAUUAUAUCGAACGCAUAGUAUACAAUAUACAAUUGUAAUAAUAUUAUAACGUGUAUUAUGUUUAUUACAUUUUUUAUUUUGUGUUUCCUUUUGCAGGAUUAUUGUAAAUAUGAUAAAUAUAAAAUUAUGUAAUAUAUGUAUUGAUAAUAAAUUUGUGAACCAAA